AUGGAUUCAGAAUAUUUAGCUCAACCAAGUAAAAUUUCUAUCGAUAUACAUGUAUUUCAAGAAUUAAUUCAAUAUAAAGAAGAUGCUUUAAAAUUAGAAUUUGAAAAAAAUCAAUAUAUUCUUGAAAUUAAUAAUCUAAAUCAUAUAAUUGAAAAUUUAAACAAUAAUAUUAUUGCAAUUCAAUAUAAAAAUUCUAUUGAAAUUUCAGAAUUAAAAAAUUAUUAUGAACCUGAAAUUUUUAAUUUAAAAAAUAAAUAUAAUGAAAUUUUACAAAAUAAUAAAAGUGAAAUUUCAAAUUUAAAAAAUUAUUAUGAAAAUGAAAUUAUAAAUCUAAAAACUAAUUAUGAAACUGAAAUAUUAAAUUUAAAAAAUUAUAAUAAAUCUGAAAUUUUUAAAUUAAAAGAUGAUUAUAAUCAAAGUAAAAAUGAUUAUAAUAUUGAAAUAAUUAAUUUAAAAAAUAAAAUUUUUUCUUUGGAACAAGAAUUAAAAAAUCCAUCUAUAGAUUUAUUUUCAAAUUUUUUUGAAGAAAAUAUUAAUAAUUUAUCUAAUUUAUUAUACAAAAAACAAUAUGAAGAAAAAUGUUUUCCACCUACAGAUUCAUUUGAAUUUAUGAAUAUGAUUGAUUCUUUUAAUUUAAAACCAUUUGUUUUAAUAUUUUUUAAUAUAUUUAAAUCUAAUAUUAAUCAAAGUUCAAAAUCUAUUGAAAAACUUAAAAUUAGAAUAAUGUUAUUAAUUCGUAAAUUAGAGUGGAAAAAUAUUUUAGAUAUUUCAACAUUUUCAGCUGAAUCAUUAAUAGAAUCUUUAUCAGUUCAUAUGUAUGAUGAAGAAAUUAGUAGUAAUAAUAUUAUUGAAUUAGAUGAAGAUAAUAUACUUGAAGAUAUUAAUAUAAAUGAAAAUAAUAUUAAUACAGAAUUUUCAUUAGCAAUGAAUAAUUUUAUUACAAUAACUAAUGAAAAUCAAAUAUCAACAGAAUUUAGAAGAGUUUCAAUUGAUUUUUCAAAUAAUAUAGAUCAAAAUAAUAUUAUUAUUUCAAACAAAAGAAAAAGAGAUUCUUAUCUUACAAAUUUAAUUCAAAAAAAAUAA